UAUUAUUCACAAAGAUAACAAGUUCUCUUUGGUACACAACACACACGUAGACAUUAUCACAUAUUCUUCACCUUUAUAUAAGACAAAGCUAGAAAACACAAACAUCAUAGAAGGAAAAAAAAUGAAACAAAGUGACAUGUUUGCUCAAAUAGGAUCCUUGAUAGCUUCCUUGAUGUUCAUUUGGGCUAUUUUUCAACAAUAUUUUCCUUAUCAACUAAGAAACCAACUUGAGAAAUACUCACAAAAACUUGCUACUUUGAUCUACCCUUAUAUCCAAAUCACAUUUCAUGAAUUCACUGGUGAACAAAAGCUCAUGAGAAGUGAAGCUUAUUCUUCCAUAGAGAAUUACCUUAGCACAAAAGCAUCCACACAAGCAAAGAGACUCAAAGGUGAUAUAGCUAAGAAUAAUCAAUCACUUGUUCUUAGCAUGGAUGAUCAUGAAGAGGUUAGUGAUGAGUUUAAUGGAGUUAAACUUUGGUGGGCUAGUGGCAAAAAUGUAUCAAAGCCAAAUUCAUUUUCACUUCAUCAUAACAUAGAUGAGAAAAGGUACUAUAAACUAACUUUUCAUAAAGUUAAUAGAGAUUUGAUUUUAGGUAGUUAUCUUAGUUUUGUACUAAAAGAAGGUAAAGCAAUUAAGGUGAGGAAUAGGCAAAGGAAGCUUUAUACUAAUAGUGGUUCUUAUUGGAGUCAUGUUGUGUUUGAACAUCCAUCAACAUUUGAAACAUUGGCUAUGGAUUUAGAGAAGAAGAAAAUGAUUAUUGAUGAUCUUGUUACAUUUAGUAAAGCUGGUGAAUUCUAUGGAAGAAUUGGUAGAGCUUGGAAAAGAGGCUAUUUGCUAUAUGGUCCUCCCGGGACCGGAAAAUCGACGAUGAUUGCGGCUAUGGCGAAUUUGUUAGGCUAUGAUCUUUAUGAUCUUGAGUUGACUGCUGUGAAGGAUAAUACUGAAUUGAGGAAGCUUUUGAUUGAGACGUCGAGUAAAUCUAUAAUUGUGAUCGAAGAUAUUGAUUGUUCGCUUGAUUUAACCGGUCAGAGGACGAAGAAAAAGGCGAAGAAGGACGACGAGGAGGAGAGAAAAAGUGGAGUUAUGAUGGAAGAAAGAGAAGGGAGAAUGAGUCAAGUAACACUUUCUGGAUUAUUGAAUUUCAUUGAUGGAUUAUGGUCUGCAUGUGGUGGUGAAAGACUAAUAGUUUUCACAACAAAUUAUGUUGAGAAAUUGGAUCCUGCAUUGGUUAGAAAAGGUAGAAUGGAUAAACAUAUAGAGUUAUCUUAUUGUGGAUUUGAGGCAUUCAAGAUUUUGGCUAAGAAUUAUCUUAAUAUUGAGUCACAUUAUUUGUUUGAUACAAUAUGUGAAUUGUUGGAGGAAGUUGAAAUUACUCCAGCUGAUGUUGCUGAGCAUUUGAUGCCAAAGAGUUCUUCUGGUGAUGUACAAGUUUAUUUGAAAAGUUUGAUUCAUGCACUUCAAUUGGCAAAAGAAGGAGCUAAAGUAAAAUCAAUGGAAGAUGCAAAGAAACUAUGAAGCAAUCAAAUGUUGGAAACUGUAGACUUCAGCUACCUUGAUGUUAUGUAUAGUCAAUGAAAAUGGAUUUGUCUCCAUUAUUGCAAUAUUAGAGUUCUAGAUUCAACAAUAUAUAUGACAGCAAUAUCGGAGUUCUAGAUUUCAACAAUAUAUUCGAUCAAAGAUAUCUUAAACCUUUUGAAAUUUUCAAUUUAGUCGGGAAAAAUGUAUAGAGCUAUUACGACAUGAAUUGCAAAUUGUAUUUCUUCAA